AGAAGCGAAGAAAAGCAUCCAUUGCAGAAAUCUCAGAAAUCUCUCUCUCUCUCUCUCUCUCUCUCUCUCUGCAACUUUAACAAUGUUUUAGCUUGUUAUGGGGUUAGUGGAGAUGGGAUUUUGGGGUUUCUAAUUUCUCUACAUGUUGUUCAUGCCAGAUGAAAGUUUGUUCCUCACAAGAAUUUGAAGAAAUUCUUGCACGGAGAUGAAAAUUGCCACACUCAAGCGGUUGAGGAUUGGAAAUGAGUAUUCGAUUGGGAGAUUCAGGCAAUGAGUGAAAAAGAAAGAGCAUUUUGGAAGAGAGAGUUUGGCAAUUAUGGUUUAGAAAACGCAGGGAGCUCCAUUAAUUCAUCAUCUUCUUAUGCCACCAGCAACUUGUCACAUUGUUCAAGCAUUAGCGAGAAAGAAUCUGAAGCAGAUGAGAGAAUUUCAGGUCUGAAUCGGGUGGGGAAAGAGUCGGACAUGGCUUUAGAAACCAUGCCUGUUGUUCCUUAUUUGGGAAAUGAGACAAGCAUGACUGUGGGGAGCACUCAUUCUCAUGAGAAGGCUAUUGUCUGUGGUGCUUCCCAUGAAGGUAAGGUAGGAUCACGGCUUGAUGAGGUCAAACGACUCAGUAGGAGAUUGGAGCUUCUAGAAGAGGAUACCCAACUUUUGAAGAAGGUUUUUGUUCAGAAGGUGGAAGAGAGACAUGAGUUGUUGAACGAGAUCUCUCAAAAUCUCCAAGCAAUACAGGAACAUUUAACACUUUCAAAUAUCAAAGACAAAUCACUCAAGAUUAAUUCAAUCAUUAACGCUAUAAAGGGUAGAAGCACAGAUGCUGGGUUACCGCAGGUUCUACACCAAGAUCAAAAUACGACCAUUGUUACCAACCGAAAGGUCAAUAUGAUUGUUUUUCAGGGACCCCAUUGGCCCACAUAGGAAUAUCUGCGGAGCUGAUCGUUGUACACACCACUGUUACGUCAGUACUCUACCACCAUGAAAUAAUUGUUCCAAGUACUCAUCAGCUGUAUACAAGGCUUUCUUUUUUCCCCUUCCCUUUCUGAUGUUGAAGCUGCAAGUUCUGUACAAACUAGAAGUUUACAAGAUCAAAUUUUCAAAACACGUAGAUUGGAAUGCUGUUAAAUCAAUUGGGGCUUCUCUACAUUUUAAGAUGAAAUGCUUCUUUUGCUAGCA